AUGCGGAAUCUAGUGUCUCAAAAUCUUUCUAGGGAUAAUAUGCAGGUGUCCCUAUGUAGUUGGUUCUUCAAAGGAGAGGGCGUGGAUUGGCUGAGUAAGGUAGCGCGCAUAGGACGCUUUGAAGAAGCUGACCCAUCCCCGGAAUUCAACGUUUUUCUGGACAAAAUACUCGAGGCUGGAUUACUAUUUCUAUCACCAUAUUCCGCGCAGGUUUUCUUGGCCAGAUCUUUAGCAUUGCAUGAGCAGUAUGCAGUUUUGAUGGCUAUGACCAAUUUUAAUCUCGCCGCUAAAGGAGUAACCGAUCAGAACAAGGCGCUUCUGACUGCUUUGUCACCUGUUGGCAAAACCCAAGAGAUCAACCUCGGAGAUUACUACGUAAUGGCUUUUAAGAGUCGCCGAUGA